AUGGCCAAGACUUGUGUGGGGAGAAAACCAUGGAAGAGCAAGAACUAUGGGCAUGUGUACAUCCCUCAGACAGAGCUGGAUGUUGAGGAAGGAAUGAAGUGUGACAAAACAGGAGUCUUCAGUCACCCGCAGUGCCUGGAUUCUGGACCCCCAUUUAAACCCCCUGUACACUUGGAGUUUUGCUCCUUGUAUGAAGAGUUUGGAUGCUGUGACCAGGAAAAGGACAACAUCAUAGCAGAGAGAUACUGGUCAGUCAUGGACAACUAUGACUAUAAGGAGCAGGAGCUGUGUGGAGACUAUGUCAAGAACAUUCUAUGCCAGGAGUGUUCUCCAUAUGCUGCCCAUCUGUACGAUGCUGAAGACCCACGAACCCCGCUGAGGACUCUUCCUGGCCUGUGCUUUGAUUACUGCUCUGAUUUCUAUUACAACUGCCAAAGUACCAUCUCCCUUCUCACCAAUGAUUCCACCAUAAGGGAGUCAGCAAAGGACAUGGACCAGUUUUGCAAUCUCAUGGAGCUGCCUGAUCCAGAUUACUGUUUCCCAGAUGUGAUAAAAAACAUGGACCUCAACAACAGGCUCGGGGCUGUGGUGGUGGACCAAGAAGGAUGUCUCAAGAUGUGUUUGGUGGAGGUUGCCAAUGGCCUUAGAAAUCCUGUCCUCAUGAUCCAUGCUAAUGAUGGAACCCACAGGAUGUUCAUAGCGGAGCAGGUUGGCAUAGUUUGGGUCUACUUACCAGAUGGCGGACGGUUAGAUGAGCCCUUUCUAUACUUGCAGGACAGCGUGGUGUCCACUCCAUGGCAUGGAGAUGAAAGGGGUUUUCUUGGUAUGGCCUUCCACCCAAAGUUCCGAUACAAUGGCAAAUUCUAUGUUUAUUAUUCCAUCUUGGAUAACGAGUAUGUGGAGAAAAUCCGAAUCAGCGAGUUCCGGGUUUCACGCUAUGACUAUAAUAAAGCAGAUCGGAGAACGGAAAGGUAUAUUUUGGAGGUUGUACAACCCGCCAGAAGCCACAAUGGGGGUCAGUUGCUGUUCGGCACUGACGGAUAUCUGUAUAUAUUCACAGGAGAUGGAGGGCAACUGGGUGAUCCACAUGGAGAAUUUGGAAAUGGACAAAACAAGUAAGUCACAGAAAACAUACUUAGUGCUGACAUUGGGGGCAGGAAGAGUCCUGGAAAAACCUAUGGAAUUCCAAAAGACAAUCCGUUUGUGUCAGAAUGUGAUGCCACUCCUGAGGUCUAUGCCUACGGGUGUCGUAACAUGUGGCGGUGCUCCGUGGAUCAAGGCGAUCGGUUGACAGGGAAAGGGAGAGGGAGGAUAUUUUGUGGAGAUGUCGGCCAAAGCAGAUAUGAAGAAAUCGACAUCAUCCUCAAAGGUGGAAAUUAUGGAUGGAGAGCCAAGGAAGGGCCUGAAUGUUUUGAUAUCAUGCUAUGCCUUAACUCCUCCUUACAUGAUAUUCCCCCAAUUUUCUUUUAUGAUCACAAUGUUGGCAAGUCAGUGACUGGUGGGUAUGUGUACCGGGGUUGUGAUUCUCCAAAUUUAAACGGCCUUUACAUCUUCGGAGACUUCAUGAAUGGUCGGCUCAUGGCAUUGCAUGAAGAUGAGAAAACCAAUACAUGGACAAGACAGGAUAUCUGUAUGGGAGACAAUACGGUCUGCGCUUUCCCGAAGCUAAUAAACAAAUACACCAAAUACAUCAUCUCAUUUGCAGAAGAUGAAGCAGGGGAACUGUAUUUUCUGUCAACAUCGGAUCCAACCUCGUUGUCUCCCUAUGGAACCCUGUACCGUUUUGUAGACCCAUCAAGGAGAGCGCCUCCUGGCAAGUGUCGUUAUAAACCUACUCCAAUAGGGACCAGAAGUAAAGUCGUCCCAUUUGUUCCACGUGAACGGACCGUUCUUGAAAUUCUUAGUGAAGAAUUAGAAACACAGAAGAAACCAAUCAAAAAGCCCACCAAGCCCCCCAGGGCUCCACGUGCAACUAAACCUCCCAUCAAACGGACUACUACCAAGAAACCUUUUACAACAACAACUGUUAUGCCCACCAAGCAAACAAAGGCAUCUACAGAACUCUCGGUCACAGAGUGUGACCCAACUGAAAGGACAAACAUUUCAACUGUCAUUACCACCCAAACCCCACUGAAAACUCAGACGCCGACAAGGCCCACAAAAGCUACCAUUGCUGCAACAUCACCAUCUAAAGAUAAAAAGAAGGUGAUUAUGUCAAAUGGUAAACAGCCGCCUAAGCCUCCCAGGCCUCCACGUACAACUAAACCUCCCAUCAAACGGACUACUACCAAGAAACCUUUCAUUACAACAACAAGUGUAGGACUCACCAAGCAAACCAGGGCACCCUCAGAACCCGCUGUCACAGAGUGGGAACCAACUGAAUGGACAAAUAUUUCAGCUGUCAUUAUCACCCAAACCACGUUGACAACUCAGACGCCGAUAAGGCCUACAAAAGCUACCAUUGCUACAACAUCACCAACUAAAGAUAAAAAGAAGGUGGUAAAGCCAAAUGGUAAACAGCCCCCCAAGCCUCCACGUACAACUAAACCUCCCAUCAAACGGACUACUACCAUGAAACCUUUCAUUACAACAAGUGUAGGACUCACCAUGCAAACCAGGGCACAUACAGAACACACUAUUACAGAGUGGGAACCAACUGAAUGGACAAAUAUUUCAACUGUCAUUACCACCCAAACCCCGUCGACAACUAAGACGUCGAUAAGGCCUACAAAAGCCACCAUUGCUACAACAUCACCAACUAAAGAUAAAAAGAAGGUGGUAAAGCCAAAUGGUAAACAGCCUUUACCUACCAAAAGCACAAAGAAGCCGGUAAACAAUAUACUUAAAAAACCAUCACCACCUAAACUUUUACCAAGGCCAACCAAGGCUAGUGUACGUAAACUUCCACCCACCAAACUGGCACCUACUAAGAGGCCGGCAAAGGAUAAGCUUAGAAAACCACCACCAACAAAACGUCCUAAGAAGCCAACUGAGGGUCAAGUCACUUAUAUGCCCUUUACUGAGGCUACAAUGAAGAAUCCACCUACAACAGGACAUACAAACAUCCCUAGUGAGAGAAAUUUUAAAAUGCCUGUAUCUACUAAGGUUCCAAAGAAGCCAACUUCAGGUAAACCUCCAAAAAAUAAGACAAAAGACAAAAAAACAAAAAAGCCUGAGGUUAUUUUCAACAACAAUGGACAUAAAACAGGGAAAUCCAAAGAUUUAAAAGAUAAGACCAAAAGCCACAAAAAGAAACCCAGACCGGAGUCUUUGGAGGACAUCAACAUGGCCUUUUCAUUGGGAAGAAAGAUUCGCAAAUAUUACAAAAUGCCUUUGAGGUCCUUGCAUGAGGCCAAAAAGUUAAAGCAGACCUUGCAGUAA